GCUAUUGGUUGAAAAACUAGGUUAGUGGUCCGACAGGCAUGACGGUGAAGAGAAACUGGGUCACCGAUCGAAAAUCGUUUAUGUCACAGUUCUGUGGGUUGCUAUUACAUAUUACCAGCGGCUUUCAAUGGCUAGACUAAUCUCACCGGACCGACUGGCUAGAGGGCUUGCACCGGCUGCUUAAGGAUCAGAUCAUAUCGGGCCAGACUGACCACAUCAAACUGGAUGAAACUAGGUCAGGCUGAAUCAAACCAGACUGAGACCAGAUCAGAACAGAGCAGACCUGACUGAUCCAGACUAUACCAGGCCCGUCCAGGAGACCUGUUCCAGUUUCCUAUCCAGUUGAGGGCUCGAGAGUGGAUGGAAGGAGAUGAUUUUAACACAGAGGCUGUGAUGAACAUCUGUGAUGACCUGAUGGCAGACCAAAGGAUGGACAUCUCGUCUACAAUGACUGACUUCAUGUCCCCCGGCUCUACCGACCUCAUCUCCAGCUCCAUCAGCACGCCUGGCAUGGACUACACCCGCAAGAGGAAGGGCAGCACCACCGACUACCAAAUUGAUGGCUUCUCAUUUGAUGACAUGGACCCAGACAAAGAUAAACUAGGAAGUGACCAACAGGGCCGGAUUAAGAAUGCCAGAGAGGCUCACAGCCAGAUCGAGAAGCGUCGCAGGGACAAGAUGAACAGUUUCAUCGACGAGCUGGCGUCACUCGUGCCCACCUGUAACGCCAUGUCCCGCAAGCUAGACAAGCUGACGGUCCUCCGCAUGGCUGUCCAGCACAUGAAGACACUCAGAGGUGCAGCCAACCCGUACACAGAGGCCAACUACAAGCCUUCCUUUCUCUCAGAUGAUGAACUGAAGCACUUGAUACUAAGGGCUGCUGAUGGUUUCCUGUUUGUGGUUGGUUGUGACCGUGGAAAGAUCCUCUUUGUUUCUGAAUCAGUCUACAAGAUUCUCAACUACAGCCAGAACGACCUUAUAGGUCAGAGCCUGUUUGACUACCUUCACCCCAAGGACAUUGCCAAGGUCAAAGAGCAGCUGUCCUCUUCCGAUACGGCCCCACGAGAGCGGCUCAUUGACGCUAAAACUGGUCUUCCAGUGAAGACAGACAUCACCCCCGGCCCAUCUAGACUCUGUUCUGGAGCCAGACGGUCGUUUUUCUGCAGGAUGAAGUGCAACAGGCCCUCUGUCAAAGUAGAGGAUAAAGACUUUCCCUCCACCUGCUCUAAGAAAAAAGCGGACCGCAAGAGCUUCUGCACCAUCCACAGCACGGGCUACUUGAAGAGCUGGCCGCCCACCAAGAUGGGUCUCGACGAGGACAACGAGCCCGACAACGAGGGCUGUAACCUGAGCUGCCUGGUGGCCAUUGGCCGCCUGCACCCCCACAUAGUCCCCCAACCCAGCCUGGCAGACAUCAGGGUAAAGCCCACAGAGUACGUCUCCCGGCACGCCAUCGACGGCAAAUUCGUCUUCGUUGACCAGAGGGCCACAGCCAUCCUAGCCUACCUGCCCCAGGAGCUGCUGGGAACGUCCUUCUACGAGUAUUUCCACCAAGACGACAUCGGCCACCUGGCAGAGUGCCACAGACAAGUGCUGCAGAUGAGAGAGAAGAUCAACACCAACUGUUACAAAUUCAAGAUCAAAGACGGCUCCUUCAUCACGCUGAGGAGCCGAUGGUUCAGCUUCAUGAACCCCUGGACCAAGGAUGUGGAGUACAUCGUCUCCACCAACACUGUUGUCUCGUGUCCCAUGAUGGAAGGAUCAGACUACCCUCAGUCUGCUGCCUCACCGCAGAGUAUGGACAGUGUUCUCACCUCAGAGGUGGGCGGAGGAAGGAGGCCGCUGCAGACGGUCCCCGGCAUCCCCGGUGGCACAAGAGCGGGAGCCGGCAAGAUUGGACGCAUGAUUGCAGAGGAAGUGAUGGAGAUUCAGAGGAUCCGAGGGUCCUCCCCCUCCAGCUGUGGCUCCAGCCCUCUGAACAUCACCAGCACCCCUCCACCUGACACCUGCUCUCCAGGGGGCAAGAAGAUUCAGAACGGAGGCACACCCGAACUGCCGAGCACAGGGAUCAUUCCUGGACCUGAUUCUGUGGGCUAUCCCUACUCCAACCAGUCCAUCAUGAGUGACAACUCCCACCUGAGCAUAGACAUCAUGGACGAUCCCGGUUCCAGCAGCCCCAGCAACGACGAGGCGGCCAUGGCGGUCAUCAUGUCCCUGCUGGAGGCGGACGCUGGCCUGGGCGGCCCCGUCGACUUCAGCGACCUGCCUUGGCCUUUGUGAGGAAGUUUGAAGGGAGGAAGCGGAGGGAGGGAGUGUAGACUCCCUCAAGAGCCACUGAUGGAGAGAGUUCAGUCAAGGGGAAUUCUGGCUGCCAUGUUUCCUGCCCUCUGUACACAACUACACUGAAAAAACAUGUCAAUCUUAACAAAUGAUUUUUUUUAAUCGAGAAGGCUGCAAAUACUGAAGAUUUUUCCUUAAAGUACCACACACAAGGGGAGACGAGGCUCUCACUGCUGUUCGGAUUACACUCCUACUUUUUGAUUCAUCAUUCCCUGUAGGUGGACAAGUGACCCUCAAUUUCACUGGAGCAGACAGAAGGAUUUUUAUAUAAAAACCCUGCUCCCAGUGAUGUGUUAAGAUGAUUCUUUUUGCAGUGUUAGUUGCCUGCAGACGAGGCGUUCCCUAACAUUGCCACGGUGAGAGACCAUUACUCCAACAGUAGUGCAGCGAAUGGGAUCUUAAGUUACAGGAUUGCGGUGCUAAAGUGUCUGCUGACGGACUGAACUCUGUCUAACGGUGGCUCUGGGCCCGGUCAUUGCCACAUCAACGGCCGACCCCGAACCAACAAAGAACUCCUGAGGCGUUCACAGACAGUGGUUGAAGUUUGAUGUGGGAUGGUGUUGGGCGGAGAGCACUUGAUUUCCGGCUCCUGCUGCAGCCUUCUCAGCAUCUCUUAACUGUACGUUCAAGUCUCAUCGUAGGAUGUGGCUGUUUUAGCCAGCUGACCUCUAACAUGGGACGCGACACACACAACAGUUAUCCUCCGAAGAUUUGCUUGGAAGAUUCUUAGAGGUUCUUUAUUCCCAAGCCGCAAAAUUCCACAGGUGUAUUUCAGUUCAUUUAGGUAAUGACAAAAGCCACCUAGCUGCUGUUUCCUUAACUAACUUGAAUGUUUUCCUCACCAAAUGAUAUUUUCCCAGAAGUGUAGAGCAGAUUCUGUAUUUUUCCAUUAAUUUUAAACACAACGGAUCUGCGUAAAACUACUGCAGUACAUCUGUAAGAAGUAAGCUGCGAUCAAUUAAAGCUGUCCAAAAAGAAUACUCAUAAAGCUCUUGCUGUUGCAGCCGGUGAUGCAUAUGACCUGCUAGGUAGAGGUCUUCACGCGUCCAGAAUGAUGACCUAACCUGAUGUGCGUAAAUUAAUUUAAAAAAAACACAUAGACCUGAGCUGAAAGGGACAUGAAGACACUCCGACCCGCUGCGACCUGAUACUCAAAUAGAGAGAACAUCAACCCACGGAGAGCACUGAUCCAACUCACUUCCUGCACGCAUGAAUGGCACGAAAAAGUUUACUGAUUUGUCUCCAAUUUAUUUUGGAUCAUCCCCUCCGGCGUUUUUUUCCCCCAGUGUGCUGUUGAUGUACACUGUUCUCCAACAGUGCAAUGCACAAAGGAAAUGGAAGAACAGUUGACAACUAGAAAGAAA